AUGGUUGUCCUCGGAGUCGGCGAGGCUGCUGCCGAGACCACGGCGGGCACGGUCAAGUUGCUCGAAGGCCCCGGCGAUUUCAAAACGACGGGUAAGGUGGAGACUCUCGUGUUGACCAAGGUUACUGCUUUCCAGUAUAUGGUGUCGACAGCGCCGGGCGGCGAAAUCACCCACACAGCUGGCCCCACGUCCAUGUUCACGACUCCUGCGGGCACCUGCCCUAAAUCUGGCUCAACCAUCGAGGUCAAGGACAUGUUUUUCGCAAAGUCUCCGACGGACUACUUUGGCAGUUACGAGUUGGGCUCUGACGGCAGUUACACGGCCACGGCGAUCGACCCCGAUAAAUUUGUCCAAUGCAACUCGACUGACGCCAUUGGCGACCUCAAAAAUGCCGCGAAGACCGACUACUCCACCGGUGCUUCUGGAUACCCCACCUUGAAGGCGACGGGCACGGCCAUCGGUUUCACUGUUGGGAGGGCCAUCGAACUUGGGCUCGACCCGGUGGAGGAAGGCGACACGCCGCUUGGGAAGCUCGAGAAGUUGGCGCUCGAGGACAAGCUGAAGCUGGAGAUGGCGGUCCAGGGCGCAAUCGCCAAGCAAGAGAUCAUCCUCGCCGGGGCAUACGCUCGGAGUCAGAACGCCGUGGUGACGGUGUCGCAGGUGGUCAAUGCAAACGUCAAGGCGAUGUCGCAGUUGGCGGUGAUGGCCAAGGGCUCAGGCGGUUCGGACAAGAACUACUCAAAGGUCGCAGCCUGCUGCUGCUGCUCCGUUGCCACCAAGACGUCUGGUGGGGCUUGGGCCUCGCUCGAGGCAUCGGGCAGCAGCAGCCUUGACAUCAACAUGCUCAUCAACUCUGCCACCACAGCCACGUCGACAACCAAGAUCGACGAGAAAUUCAGUUAUCAAGGCCCUUAUGAACAUUGGGAAGAAUUCAAAUACGAGCCCUUUAGGCCUUUGUGA